UCAAUUUCCACUUGUUAUCCAUCUUAUAUUCUUUUAAUAAAAUUUCUUUGUCAUAAUUUAUUCCAUUACCAAUAAUGUCCAGUUACAGUACAAAAAACUUAAUGCUUCUUGUCAAUAACUACAUGAUAUCCGAUGAUGUAGAUACUGAUCAAGUUGCAAUUGACUCAAUCUCAAAUUUAUCAAAUCUUUUAGCAACAAAAAAACUAUCAUUAUUAUUCUUGGUCCAAAAUCUAGGUGACUACUUAACUAACGAGCAGGAUUUGAUUGCAUUGAAAUCAAUCAAUUGCUUAUCUUCUGUCUUACUCACUUUGUCUUCCUUAAAUCCUUCAAUUUUAUCUCCUUCAGAAAUCAACCAUUUGUUAAAAUUUUUCAUAUCAAAAUUUGAAAAAAUCAACUCAUUCAAAUUCAUCUUAAUCAGUCUAAACUCUCUCAUCAAAAUGGACAACUUUAAUUUUUCAAACACAGAAUUAAUCUUGAAUAAUUUUAAUGACAACUACAACUCUAAAAAUUUUAAUGCUUCAAUUCGUUAUCAAGCUUUUCAAAUUUUAAAACUUAUUCUCGAUAAAUAUUUACAAAAAAUUAUCUCAAUCUCUAGAUUCAAUGAUUUAUUUGUCAAUUCCUUCAUUAGUAUGGUCUCGGGUGAAAAGGAUCCAAGAAAUCUUAUUUUAUCCUUUAACAUCUCUCAAUUAAUUCUUCUUAAUUUCAAAAAUUUAAAUGUCUUCAAGGAAAGUCUAUUUGACGUAACUUUUUGUUAUUUUCCAAUAUCCUUCAAAACCCCGAAGAAUGAUCCUUAUAAAAUCACUUCAGAUCAACUAAAAUUUCAAUUAUCGACUUCUUUAACCUCAAACCCAAUCUUAAUUGAUGACUUGUAUCCAAAUCUAUUUGAUAAAUUAACUACCACCUCUUCUGUUGUCAAAUCAGAUAUUUUAAAUGUCUUAGAACUAUCAAUCCAAAAAUUCCCCAUAGAAAUUAUUAAUCAAAAUUGGAUUCAAAUUUGGGAUGCAUUGAAAUUCGAAAUCCUAUACAAUGACUUGAAUAUCUUGGAUAAAUAUACAAAAGAAGCUCAAGAUGAAAAAAAUGCUAUAUUAAAUAUUUUAAAUCUUUUUAAAUCAAUUUUAUCGAAAUUUUCCAAAAAUGAUGAAUUUAAAUUAAAUUUUUUAAAUCACAUUUUUAACGAAUUAUCUAAAAACAUUACAACUCCUGAUGAAAAAUUAUCUAAACAGUCUUUUUUAAUUUUAUCUGAACUAGCUCAAGUUGAUCGAUUUUCCUUUAAUUUUAUUAUCAAAAAUUCUUUACCACAAUUAUUUACUCAAGUUGAUAAGAACUUAAGUGUUGUGAAACAAAAAUUAAUUAUAAGUCAUUUGUCUUAUUUUUUAAAUUCCUAUAAAACUCUAUUCAAUGAUUCCGAUUUGUCCAUUAUAAAUGAUGGCUCAAUUGAGUUAUUUAAAUUCAAAGAUGAUAUAAUCAUAUUAUUAUCACAAGCAUUGAUAUCAUCUUCCGAUAUUGAAAUAUCUUUAAAAGCUUUAGCUUUAGAAAAAAUCUCUUUAUUAAUGUCUCUAAGUGACUUUUUAACUUUAGAGGAACACAAGAGUUUUGUUCAAUAUUUUAUUGAACUUUUAUUGACUUCUCAAUACAAAUCUGAUUCACAGGUUUAUAAAACUAUUAUCAAUUCUUUGGUUUAUAUUUCUAAUAAUAUCAGACUCUCCUCGUUAAUUAUUGAAACUGUUUUUCCACUUUUAAUUUCUUUAUUGCCUGAUACUCCGGAUCAAAGCAUUAAUAUAAAGGGAAAAAUUAAUUUUAAAACCAAGGAAGAUAUUCUAUUAAUUCUAAGUCUUUUAUCAAGCGAAAACAAUGAAUUACUACAUCUAUUAUUUACAAGAUUAUUAAACAGAAUUUCUAUCUUGCUCAAUGAUGAAAAUCUUAAUUACAAUAAAAAGAAUUAUAAUUAUGCUAUUUUAUUACUUAAUGUCAUUUAUAAUACUCUAACUAAUUUUUUGGCAAAUGAAAGAAAAACUGGAACUUUUAUAAAGAUGGAUACCUAUUUAAACUCUUUUUUACCCAAGCUUAUUACUUUGACUUUGAAACCUUAUAAAAAUAUUUCUAACAAUCAAUUUAUUGAAUUGAGCUCCAGAAUAAGUUUUUUAAUUAUUUUGAAUUGUAAAAUCACUAAUCAUCAAUCACUUUUAAUUGAUUUCUUUAAUAUUUUUAUACACCAAAGGCCUUCAAUUUUUUUUAUGAUGAAUAUUGAUAACAUUAAAGCAAUUAAUGUGAUUGAGAAACCUUCAAAAUCAAUCAAUAUUUUUGCUAAUUUGGUAGCUUCAAUUGAUUUUAAAACUACUAAAAUACCAAAUUUGGAAGAUGAGAAAAAUUAUGAUAUUUCGUUAACAAAGAUACUGAAUCUUUUAAUUUCCUGUUAUUUAAAAGUUCCUGAGAAGUCAGUUUAUAAACGACUUGGCUAUCUUAAAACUAUUUCACUUUUAGUUGAUAAAUGGUUCAAACUACAACCAAAUGACUUGGAUGUUUUAAAGUUAUUAAAACUAAUGGAAUUAUAUUCAUGGAUAACAAAAGGUCUUUUAAUCAAAAAUGAUACGUCGUCACUUAAGUAUGUUGGGUAUCUCAUUGAAUUGUUAAAGAAAUCUAGCAAGUGUAAACUUAUUAGCUUACCUUGUUGUAAAUUGUUUGAUAUUUUGUUGAAUGAAGAUUUUAUAUUUAAAAACUAUGAAUUUAUUUCAAAUUCCAAUAAUGAAACUCCAAAGCUUUUUUUAACCAAAAGACUGAGCAAAAUUUUUAAUAUUAAUAUUAAAUCAUUGUAUAAACAAAAGUUGUUUGAAUUUAUUAUUCCAAAGCUUGUUGAAAAUUAUGAAAGCAUUCCAACCUCUGAUUCAAAUAUAAAUGGUGAGAGUUAUUUUGAAAAAAUAAAUUAUUUGGUUGCAUUGUCAUUUAUAUUGAAAUAUGUUGAGCCAUCAAUUUUUGGGAUUCAUUUAAAUAAAAUCUUUCCCUUAUUAUUGCAAUCAAUUAAAUUGAAUGACAAAAACGCAAAAGUAGCAGCAUUGAAGACUAUUGAUUCAACAAUUUCAGAAUGCCCGGAUUUAAUUAAGAAACAUUUGCCAGUGUUGGUUUCAUUAUUAAUUGAUUGUAUCACCGAUGAUCCAUUCAAAAAAUCAGCUGGAAAAAACAAAGUGAACUAUAAUUCUGAAGAGGUGAGAUAUUUUGCUAUCAAGUGUUUGAAGGGCUUUACCCAAAAUAUUGAAAUUAGAGAGUUAUAUCCAUAUAGUGAGGGGAUUAUAAGGAAUUUAGUUAGAUCUUUGGAUGAUAAAAAGAGAAAAGUUAGAAAAAUAGCUAUUGAUUGUCGUCAAGAAUAUUUUGAGAUUUUUACUUUAAACAAGGAUGAAGAUUAA